AGGAGCAGGGCUUUGGAUGUUAGGGAGGGAGCAGGUGUGGGCAGGAGCAGGGCCCUGGGUGGGGGUAGGGAGCAGGUGUGGGGGAGGGGCAAAACAGGACUCUGGAGGGGCAACGGUCAGUAAGCUUUUAGCUAAAGGCAGGGGAGAGGUGCUGCUGUUUUUAGGCUUCCCUCUCUCUUCCAAGCCCCCCACCCCCACGUACGUUUUUUGAGUUAGGUAAGUGGUGCUGCCCUACAGCCUCUCCCCCUCUUCCUGUUUCAAUGUACUUUAAUCACUGGUUACAAUAAUGUUCCAAAGAGAUACACACUGAACCUACGAAACAGUAGCGUGCUGAGUAGCACAUGAAUGUAAUGUUACCCUUUUAUCAUGUGGGAUCACUUUGGUGUAACAUCAGGUCCCAAGCUGAAGAGCAUAAAUGGAAAAUUAUGAGGAUAAGAAGUUCUUCACUUAUCACACACAGCAUGCUGUAUUUCAGGAUGUGGUUUGUGAACUUAGAGUACAGAAUUGGACAGCUGUACAUGAUCAGUAAGCAUAGCCACGAGCAGAGUGAUCGAGGGGAGGGCGUGGAAGUCGUGCAGAAUGAACCCUAUGAAGAUCCAAAUCAUGGCAAUGGUCAACUAACAGAAAAACGGGUCUAUCUCAACAGCAAACUACCUAGCUGGGCCAGAGCAGUUGUUCCCAAAAUAUUUUACAUCACAGAGAAGGCUUGGAAUUAUUACCCAUAUACAAUUACAGAAUACACAUGCUCAUUUUUGCCUAAAUUCUCCAUUCACAUAGAAACAAAAUAUGAGGACAACAAAGGAAGCAAUGACAAUAUUUUUGACAACGAAGCCAAAGAUCUUGAGCGAGAAGUCUGCUUUAUCGAUAUUGCCUGUGAUGAAAUUCCUGAGCGCUAUUACAAAGAAUCAGAGGAUCCUAAACAUUUCAAGUCAGAGAAGACAGGGAGAGGCCUCUUAAAAGAAGGCUGGAGGGAGACACACCAGCCGAUCAUGUGCUCCUACAAACUGGUGACUGUGAAAUUUGAAGUCUGGGGACUUCAAACUAGAGUAGAACAAUUUGUACAUAAGGUGGUCAGAGAUAUAUUAAUGAUUGGUCACCGACAGGCUUUUGCAUGGGUUGAUGAGUGGUAUGACAUGACAAUGGAUGAAGUCCGAGAAUUUGAACGUGCAACUCAGGAAGCCACCAACGAGAAAAUUGGGAUUUUCCCACCUGCAAUAUCUAUCUCUAACAUUUCCCUGCCUUCGUCAACCCGUAGUGCUCCUUCUAGUGCUCCAUCCACUCCUCUAUCCUCAGAUGCUCCUGAAUUCCUAUCAGUUCCCAAAGACCGACCUCGGAAAAAAUCUGCUCCAGAAACCCUCACACUUCCAGACCCAGAGAAAAAAGCACUUUAAAUUUAACCUAGCAUGUUUCCUUCUGACAAGCCAUGUCUGCCAGAACAAGAGUAACUUAACAUUUACAAAGCUCGGUGUGGUUGUUUGUUUGGAUUUUUUAAACGAUUUUACCGAUCUAGAAAGAUGAUUUCUUUAACUCAGACUUGUUCCUUAAAAUCCUUAAAUAAGUGCAUGUGAGAGAACAUAGUUCAUAUAUUCUGAUUCCCAAAGUAAAGCUCAAAGCCAUAUGGCACAUGCUAUUAAUGUGAAAUUACAUUGUCUGAGAAUAGCCUGCAACUGUGAUUGGAAAUGCUGUAGGUAUUUAAUAAAGCUGGCAAGGAUUUCUGAAGGGAACUAGUGUCAAUUUAGGUGCAGGGUUAAGUUAAAGAGUUAAAAAUCCAAUUUUCUCCUAUUAUCUCGGAAUUUCUAAAAUUUUUCUACUCUCAGGCUUAUCAUGUCUAAUCAUAAAGCUUUGAACUGCUACUCAUUGAUACUUGAACACCAACAGCAAUUAUUCAAAUUCAGAUGUUGCUUAAUAUGACUCAGGAUUUGGGGCCUAGCUAACACAAACUUUAAACUUUUUAAAACUAAGAAUAACCAAUGCACCAAGGCUCCAUUUGUAAUUAAUACUGACUUUAAGGCCAUUGAACUAUUUAUACCUUGCACAGAAUUUAUAAAAGAUUCCACCCAUUUCUUGUUUAUAUUGUAUUUUACUAGUUCUCCCCAGUCCUCUUGUGAUCAAUCAAGUUAUGUGCUGAUGUUUGUAACCCCUGCUCCAGAUAUAAAAAUGAUGGAAACACAAGCAGCUAAAUAGUUUAAAGAGUCCAAAUAAUGCAAAGAUCUUCUCCCAAUGAAGCUGGGAUCAUAGCAUUCCUGUCAUUCAUUCAAGUCCUCUGAGCUCCUGGCUAAUCACAAUGAAACCAGCUUUCAGAGUCUGAUCCAAAUCCCAUUGAAGCCAGUGAGUAGACUCCCAUUGCCUUAAAUGGGCUUUGGCUCAGGCCCUAAAUAACCACUCGAGUUAUUUAUGUAAAAAAAUCUGGAGUUUAAUGAGGGAGGUCUUCUACUAAAGGUGGGGAAGAAUGGUCCUUAGUACAUUUGGGGAUACUUUAGGACAGUCUCUUAAGACAGGUGGGUGCCUAAUAAGGGUAGCCUCCUGUACAGAUUUCACUGUACUAAUCAGCACUGAAUGUAUAUUAUGCUAUGGUGUUUUACCAGAUGCAGAAUAGUUGUUGGUUGAGCAUGGAUAGUGAAUAACUAGGCCAUGAUGCUUUAGAACAGCACCUGGGAGUAAAGAUUCUGAAAAGAAACAUUUUUUAUAUGUCCACCAUUGGAAAGUUCUUUAAAGAUCUUCAGCCACGACCUUUGCUCUGCCCUGAUGUGUUACGUAUUCAGAUUCAAUUUCAGAUCCCAGUCUAGGUUUCUUGCUUCAUGGGCUAAUGGGAUAAUAAUGUUGUAGAUGCAGCAUAUUCAGCCCUCAAACAAAAAUAAGUCAUUCAGCAGUGGCCACUUUAGUCAAUUAAGGAGCAGAUUUGAUGAGUUCUGUCCUGUCCUCACUGUACAGAAGGAUUGUGAUUGUGAUAGGAGACCUCAUAAGUGAUGAGGGGGGAAAUAUGGGGAUCCUCUGGGCUUACUGAAGGAGAAAGAGGACUUACCCUUACUAUAUCCCUGUCCUUUCAUGCUAAGUGCGGUCUCCAGUAGCAGGAAGCAGAUCUCAGACUUUGCCAUUGAUCUCUAAAAGGGGAGAGUAAUGAAAGACAUGACUUACAAAAAAUAAAGGGGUCAUCUGGCAACUCAGUAACAUGUAAUGUAACGUGGGAAAGGAGAGCAACAUCCCUGGCCUGUUAGUGAAAAUCACCCUUCAGUCUCAGGAAUAAAAAUCAGAAAAGGGAUUUUCUCCCCAAGCCAGGAGUAAAAAAAAAAAUAGGGAAAUAAGGAGCCACUUCCUUUCUAAAAUUCAGCCUUAUGGAGAAACCUUUCCUACUGAUGUCCAGUCACAGGACUUGUUGUUGACAUUCAUAUAAUGGGUUUCGUCCUCUGCAAUGCUACCAUUGUGUAUAGUCCUCUGUGAUGAUAUUUAACUAAUGUCAGCAUCUACCACCAUUGUUGUUGUAGUAGACUUUAAAAUGCCCAGUGAAAGGUGGAUAUUAUCUGAAUCACAUAUUCAUAUUGAGAUGGUAUCUUGUACUGUCAGUUAUAACAAACAUGGUGAAGCAGAGAGACGGACCUCAUGGAGUUAAAGUAUCACUGAAUGAUGAAGAAUCAAUUUGUGGAUAGAAUUCCCUGGGGGCGGGAUAUGUUUGUACUGUCUUCCCAGCAUGGUAGCAUGAUUUUUGCUUGUAGAAAAGUUUAACUGACUUAAACCUUUUGACCUUCUGAACAGCUCCAUGUCCAGUAGUAGAUGCUAAGGUGAAUGUGUGAUUUUGAUGGGCUAGUUUUAGUAAUGUGAGAGGGAGGGGAAGAAUACCACUGUCAGAUGACAUUGAAAAUGUGUGUGUAUUUGAAAGUUAAAAGCCCAUGGCUAAUAAAAUCCAGUAGCUCUUUGUAGGUUAGCCUAUGGUUUUACUUCAUCCAUUAUCUCAUAUAUUGUCCAUGUUCUGCUUUCCUUUCGUCUCAAGGCCAGCAAUUCCAUGUGCUUAGUAAAUUAACUGGUGAUUGAUAUUUGUGAUUUUUUUUAGCCAGUGUAAUGCCACAGGUAUCAAAUGCUAAAAGUACCUCACAUCGGCUUAUGACUUUAAUUAACAGAUGGGUGUACUAAUUAAAUAUUCAUAAUUUCUGCAUGUAUUCAAAUGUUGAUAUUCUUUUAUUUGCUUCUGAAUGUUUACCACAGAUUAGGACAAAGCAUACAUAGCUUUACUCAUUUGUUUACUUUAGUUAAGUCUCAAAUUUCCUAUCCUGUGUGGAUAAGAUCAUUAUCAUAUGUAGGUUUGGGGAUCAGGCAUUUAUGAACAUUAUUAACAUAUCUUAAGAGCAUUCAAGUUAAUUAGCUACAUGGUGGAUAUUUAGAAAAGAGAAAAGCAUUGAUUGAGCAUGCACUGGAGAAAUAAUGAAUCCUUAAUGCUAUGCCUCUGCAUGCAAUUCUAUAACUCUGAGCUCCAUUCAUGAAUACUGUAUUACAGAAGUAUAAUAUUUACUGAACAGACAACUCAUUUUUCUAAUUCACUGCUAGCCAAAAUGGGGAUCAGUACAGUCCAUACCUGCCUUCAAUGUGGGUGCUAAUGGAGGCAAAUAAAAAGAUCCAUAGAAUGGCACUGCUUUGGAUGAGAAAGAACUAUAGGCUACAUCAUGCUUUUCACAGGUUACACAAGCAUCCUAUGCUAUGUUCUGCUCUGUUUUACCCCAGUGUUUCUACCAUUAAAUAUGCUCUCAAAAAUAAUCUUUCAAUGUCAUUUUAUUUUCUUUUUGUCAUGGCAGGAUAUCUGUUUUCUACAGUGUUCCUUAUACACAUACACAAAAAUAAAAAUAAAAAAAAGUAAUCUAGAAAAUUGUUCUGGCAACAUGUUUUGAGAAAAUGUUUUGUUUAUUUUCAUUGCUGACAUGUGAAUGCAUUUUGUAAAAAUAUCUUCUGUAGAAUUUUCAGACAGGUUUGUGGGGAGGGGAAGGAAGUAGAGUAUUUUGCACAUGUUGAUUUCUUUUAUGGAAAAAAAACUACUAUGCACAUCUUUAAAGUAUGAUGCAACGCAGCAAAACUGAAGUUACUUAAUAAUUCGGUAGCCUCCUUAUUCCCUGCUGCCAUGACUCGAGAAUUAAAUAAUACAACCAUAGUGAGGCUCUACAAACAAAUUAUCAUCAAGAAGAGCACAAUGAAGCUGAUAAAGCAAUUGGCUUAUGAUUUUUUUUAAAUGCUUCUCCCCACUCUGCUCCUACUUUUAUAUGUAUUUCCUCCAGAAUAAUCACACCUUGCAGAAUGAUGCUGGCAAUUGAGGGCCCAGUCCUGACACAGGUAAAACACCUACUGAAUUUAAAAAGAGAGAUUUCUCUGAAUAAGAAUUUGCAAGGGCCUGGUCCUGCCACUCUUAUUUGUGUGAAUAGUCUUUAGUAAUAGACUUCAAUGGGAUUAUUCACUACAGUAAUGAUUGGUCACACAGGUAAGAGUUGCAAAAUAAUCCAACAAAAAGGCAUAGUUUGAUCUUAUUCUGUUGCUUUUUGAUCGUACCAAGAUUUUGGGAGAUGAUUUUGCUCCAUUGAGGGCACAAUUCACAUUCAUUAGUAGUAGUAUACAAAUUCAUUAAAGAUCAUAAGGCGCUCAAAUAGAUAUUUUGAAACUGGACUAUUUGUCUAGUGAUUUUAAUUUGGUAAUAAAACAGCAACAAUCUUUAAUAACGCAUUGGGAUUUGCUGCACUAUAACUUAAUAUUCUCUUAUUUAAAAUAGGCCGAACAUACAUGCUUUUAUGAGUUAGUAAGUGCAAUAAGAGAAAAUACAUGAAUUUGUAACCAGGAACUUUUCAGCUGCCAUUAUUCAGACUUAAUUUAGUUGUCUAAAUUCCAAAAUGCUUGAGGUUAACUGAGUCUAACAAUGUUUUUGCUUUAAAUGCACAGCAUAGUCAUUGAAUUACAGUCUCCUCUAGUUUUUGGGUGUCACUAAUACCGAUUAAUUCUUUUGAUUUCAUUUCUCUGAAAGUUCCAUGUGACUUUGAAUGUCCUGUAAUCCUUAGUGUCUAGCUUUAGGUUUAGAGUUAUGACAUUUAACAUUAGAGAAUGUACCACUGCCAUCAGAGAAGGACCAAGCUUUGAAAUGUGCCGUAUGUUAAACAAUGCAAGGCUAAGCAGAAGAAUUUUAUUCUCAUAUCUGUCAUCCAUAUCACUUAGUUGCUGUUUUUUGAGUUAUUUAUUAUUGUUAAUAACUUACUUUUCCUUACAUUCUGUUGUAAAUAAACUACCAAGCAAUCUUC